GUCUCAUAUGUUUAUAAUAAUAUGUGUUCGCUGUAAUACAAGUUUUGUAUAAAUGCUGAUAUUUGACAAUUGCAACAAAACAUUCGUCAUUUCUAUUCGUAUCGGUAAAUAUACAUCAAUUUCUUUCUAAUUCAAAAUUCAAGCUGUACGAAUCUCAAAAAGUGGGUCCCAAUUGUUCAGGCUUGAAAGAUUGAAACGUGAUGAAUUAGUUCUUAUAUCUUAAAAUCGGAGUUUGUUGAAGUAUUACUUUGCCGCGAAACUCUUUGGUCCCUCGGCGCUAACUUGCUGCCGCUGUAAAUGAAUUCGCUUGGCUAAGCUCAACACAGAUUGAGCAUUUGUAAAUGAGAAUUAAAUUGAUGCGGUCGCGGACCAAUUCGAUGUUUUCUCUCAUGUUUGCUCGACAUAAAAUUUGAACUGGCGAGCAAAGCAAAGUUGACGACCACUGAAGGACUAUAGGGCUGGCCAUCUGUCCCUCGUUGCCACGUCUGCGACGUCUUGGUGGUCCAUUUUGGGGCUGGUGCGCAACAGCAUCGGCACUAGCGCUGGCAAUGAAGCGCUCUCAGGUAGAAUCUGCCCCCCUCUUUCUCUCACUGUGUAUCGUGUGCGCGCUGGCGCACGUGCUCUCUUUCACCCCCUUCUCUUCCUGCCCUCAUGCUUUUUUUACUGGUACCACUAGAGAAGCAGUAAAGAGAGUAGACCCGGAGAAUGGUGAACCGUGUUGUGUUCUGGUAGAAAUUCUAACGAUGAUACCAACACACGAUUCUCGUUCAUCGAUUACCAUGAUUACCCGUGAUCAUAGAAACCGUUAAGAAAAAAAACGACUAUCGAUUUUACUCUUCGGGAACGAGAUCUGUAUCUUUCCGAGUUGCAAUUGUAUUUUUGAAAUGUGCCAAUGUAAAAUAGACGUCGACACUCGACGAUGUUUUCAGAUGUAUAAUAUAAUAGAAACUGAAAAUCAUUUUCUUUUUUCAAUAUACGACAGGAUUACAGAAAAUAUUGAAGUUUGUACAAUGUUUAUGAUAUUCUAUGAACGAAUAAUUUCUCUGAAAUUUAACAAUAAUUUCAAGCUGUUUGAUUGUUUGGGAAAUAAGAGCCUUUUGUGGUGCCACUUCAAUUCUCGAGUUCACACGUAAAAUUCUCCCAUUAACGGGAAUGACAAACAGAAGAUUCGAUUUAUUUUAAGAAUAUCAUGUUGUCUCCCCUAUGCUACACAUCUGUUGCAUGCGUCCACAAGCACUUCACAGCGCGACAAGAAUGCUCAUGUUACAUUUACAUCGGAUACAGACUCUCCGACACGUUUACGUUGCAAACGAAGGAUGUCAUACUCGUGCGAUCGGUCGGCCAUAGUCCUAACGGGUAUGGUGUUGUUGAGUAUGAUAAUGUGGAAUACGGCAAAGAGCACUAUAAUGAGGUGUGAAGAGGCGAAACUGAGGUGCGCUUACAGAACAGGCUGUGGCUCUGCACUGCAACACUAUCUUACAGGCUGCGCGCCCGUUCUCCAAGGCAACGAUUGUUCCGAGACAUGCCAACAUGCCCUUAUUGCUUUGACUAGCACCGACGAGGGCAAGGAACUUAUAACAUGUGAAUGCGAGGACGACUUAUGUUUAGAAUCGAAGCAGAGGGUUGAAAUUUGUAGAUCUUCCGUACAAAUGGCAAUGAAUAGAACCAGGGUAUCCUGCAGAGUUGCAACUUGGAUUUGUAACGCGGAUGCCCUCUGUCAGACUGCUCUUUCCUAUUAUAAUAGAUUUUGUAAGAGCAUGUUCCAAGGACGAAAGUGUACAAGACGGUGUAAAAAUUCGAUAAAUAUUCUUACAAGACAAGAAAAAGCAGCAAAAUUGAAUACGUGCCAGUGCGAUGGUUUUGAAGAUUAUGACUGUAAAGGAAUUCAUAGGAAUAUGAAUCUACUUUGUUUUGGUAAAAUACAUCAUGGCUAUCGCGAUAUUAAUAUCGAGGACGAUAGAAGAAAUGAGUUCCUGAGACCAAAUAUGACUGUUAGAGGAGAUGCAGUUCAAAUAUUAGUUGAUAGAAGAAUAUUUUUACUAUGUUUAGUUAUUUAUCACAUACUUAAAGCAAGGCAAGGUAAGAAUAUACAAUUGUAACAUUUAUUUCUUGAUACCUGAAUUAUCAAAAAGAUUAUCUAUUAAAAUAGGUUUCCUUUUACUGAUGAGAAGAUUUUUUUUCAGACUGACAAUAAAAAAAAAUGCAUAAGGAUCUCCAAAAGAGCAGUAUUCCACGAAACCCAUGACCAAAGAUCUUCAUCAAUUUUUUUACCAUCAAUAUUCGAUCAAGUUUUAUACUGGUUAAUGAAAUGCUAUUUGCGCCUAUAAAAAAUCGAGCAGUUUUAUCAAAUAAUUGUGAAACUGAACUUUCUACUAAAUUUCUUUGUAAGAUCUUUUUAUAAAAUUUGUACAAAGAAACACAUCAAGAAGGUGAGGAGAGUCUUGUAC